UCGUAUAAAUACUUCAUCUUCUUCCUCAAGUUUCUCUAUUCCGAUCAGCCAUGAACUCCGACGCCGGAAAAUGGUACUGUCCAGUAACCGGAGUUUAUCAAAGCACACAUCCGACCCGGAUUCUUCCAACAGACCCGUUAAUGGACGUCGUCUCCUUCAUCUUCUCACACAAUCACAAUGGCGGCCAAGCUGCUUUCAUUGAUUCAUCAUCUGGUACUGCAAUUUCUCGUUCGGAAAUAUAUCCUCUAAUCAAAUCCAUUGCGUCUGGUUUACAUCAUCAAUUUGGUGUUAAACAAGGUGACGUUGUUCUGAUUCUUCUUCCGAAUUCCAUACUGUUUCCUGUUAUCUUCUUGGCUAUUGUCUCUAUAGGAGCUAUAGUUACUCCAAUGAAUCCUCUUAGUUCUUUAAAGGAGAUUAAGAGGCAAAUUACUGAUUCUAAUGUUUCCAUUGCUUUAACUUCGUCUGAACAUGUUAAGAAACUUGAAGCAUUGGGAAUUCCUGCAAUCGGAGUUCCGGAAAGUGUUGAUUUUGAUUCAUAUCGAUUUGGGUUAUCUGAUUUUUCUAAGCUUGUUUCAAGUAAAUCUGAUUUAGCUCCUAAACCUAGUAUUCAUCAAGAGGAUACAGCUGCCAUUAUGUAUUCUUCAGGAACUACUGGUAUAAGCAAAGGUGUUGUGUUAUCGCAUCGAAAUUUCAUAGCUGCAAUUGAGCUUUUUGUUAGGUUUGAAGCUUCUCAGUAUGAGUAUUCAAGUUCGGAGAAUGUUUAUUUGGCUGUUUUACCCAUGUUUCAUAUAUAUGGGCUAUCACUUUUCACCAUGGGGUUAUUGUCGCUCGGAUCUACAGUCGUGGUGAUGACAAGGUUCGAUGCGAAUGAGAUGGUGAGAGCGAUUGAGAGAUUUGAGGUUACUCACUUCCCUAUUGUCCCCCCUUUGUUGAGGCAAUUGACGAAUAAAGCCAAGAGUGUGCCCGUAAGUUUCGCCAAGAGUUUGAAACAGGUUUCUUCUGGUGCUGCUCCUUUGAGCUUGAAAAACAUUGAAGAUUUUUUGUUGGUUCUUCCCCAUGUUGAUUUUAUCCAGGGUUAUGGGAUGACUGAAUCGGCGGCUGUUGGAACUAGGGGAUUUAAUACUGAGAAGCAUCAGAAAUAUUCUUCGGUUGGGCUAUUGGCUCCGAAUAUGGAAGCUAUGGUUAUAGAUUGGGUAACCGGUUCUUUCAUGCCUCCAGGAGGUAGUGGCGAGCUUUGGCUGAGGGGUCCAGGCGUUAUGAAAGGUUACUUGAACAACAAAGAAGCCACAUUGAAAACAGUAGAUGGAGACGGUUGGCUACAUACAGGAGAUAUAGUUUACUUUGACGAAGAAGGGUACGUGCAAGUACUCGAUCGCAUCAAAGAGAUCAUCAAAUACAAGGGUUUUCAGAUUGCUCCUGCGGAGCUGGAGGCGGUUCUGAUUUCCCACCCUGAUAUCGUUGAUGCUGCUGUAACAGAUGGUUAUGACGAGGAAGCAGGCGAAAUCCCAAUAGCUUUCGUUAUUGGAAGAGAUGGAAAUAAGCUAUCAGAGGAAACUGUUAUAGAGUUUGUCUCCAAACAGGUUGCACCAUACAAGAAGGUGAGAAGGGUGGUUUUCACAAAUUCGAUACCAAGGUCAGCUGCUGGAAAGAUUCUUCGAAGGGAACUGAAGAAUGUGUUAACUUCCAAACUGUAGGAACAAUAUGAUUGAAUGAAUGAAUGAAUGGUUAGGUUUUGUUGUAAUGUGGGGAAGUAAAAAAGACAUAUUAAUAGAAGACAAUUGUUUU